AUGCUCUUGUUCCUCUAUCUCUCUCUCAAACACACUCUCUCUUUCUUUCUCUCUCUCUCUCUCUCUCUCUCUCUCAUUUGGAUGCUUUUUUCUGUUGUUUCUCGAUAUUUGAUUUCAUUCUUUCUUUUCUAUCUAUAUCCCUCACUUACUUUUACGGCCACCAACCGAACUGAUGAUAAGCUCUCUCUACAUGGUUUAUUCAAUUGUGUAACACCAUUUGCAGUUCUCUUUCUCUGUCUUACUCUCCUUUUUCUUGUCUUCCCUUUUCGCUUUUUUUCUACUCGCAAAAUAUCUCUUUCUGUCUUUCAUUUUUCCUUUCUUUUUUUUAAAAUUUCUUUCUAUCUUUUUUCUUUUCUUCUUCUACCUCCCUUUUCCGCCUUUCUUCCACUUCAUUUUACACUCUCUUCCUUUCUUAACCUGCGGUUUUUCCCUGUCAUUCUGUUUUUCUUUUUGGAUAUUUACCUUCAUUUCUCUCUCGCCCUUUGUCAGACUCUUCAUCUUUCUUUAGUAAUAUCACGUCUUUUCUUUCUCUCUUUUUUCCUAUCUAUAUUUUCUUUUUUACGUAGUCCGCUUUUCCUUUCUCUUUUAUUUUCAUGCUGUGGUUUCAUUAAACGUCUCUUUCUCACUCUCAGGGAUUUCUUUUCUCUGUUCCUCUUUUUGCAUAUUUCUCUUCAUUUCUUUCUCACUCACUGGCAGAUUUUUCUCUUUUUUUUUCUCAGAAAACGUCUUUCUUUCUUUUUAAGUCUUUCCUUCUAA